GUCUUCUCACGCGAGUUCGUUUUUAGUGUAUAUAGCCAGUCUAUGGACGGUCGAUGCGUGAAUAUAUUUCUAUGUCUAACAUAACCUCAAACUUGCCGCUGCAGUCGGGGAAGUCGUCGUCAUCACCGUCAGCGUUGUUGGUGGUUAUUCCACAGCCACAACUACUUGAUUCGAUAAGCAUCGCCAGCAAAACGAGGACGCCAUGAAUGAAAAAAUUAAAUCGCCCUCAACCCAGGGUAGUGGUGCAUCUGGGGGAAAUGUAACCCCAACGGCGGCAGCUAGUACAGGUGGAGCUACACCACCUACAUCGGGCCCGCCCACGCCGAACAACGGCAACGAUCCUAUUAUACAACAAGGUAACACUGUACCACAUCCUUAUGGUGGACCACCUCCUGGCGCUGUGCCCGGCGUAGCUCCCGACUCAGCUGCAGCUAUGUCGCACUAUCAUCAUUUACAUCAACAACAACAGCAGCAGCCACAAGGUCCACCGCUGCCACCACACAUGCAACACCAUGGUGGACCACCGCCACCACAGGGACCACUACCGCUUCCACUGGAGCAUACGCCUGGUGUCAAGGAUGAAUAUGGUUCAGCACAUUUGCCACCUCCACCUGGCGUGCAACAUCCACAUGCUCAUCCUGCUUACGCGCGUUAUCAUUCGGGUGAUCCCAACGUAGAUCCCUACCGAUACGGCCAUGCGCCACCGCAGCAACCACCUCCGGGGAGCAAACCGCCGCACCAGCAGCAACAGUCGCAAGGCACAGGGGGCUCGCCUAAUCGACCCCCACAACAGCGUUAUAUACCCGGACAACCGCCGCAGGGUCCAACACCUACAUUGAAUUCAUUAUUGCAAUCGUCAAAUCCUCCCCCACCACCACAACAUCGCUAUGCGAAUAACUAUGAUACGCAGCAAGUUGCCAAUGCAGCUGCAGCCGCUGCCGCAGCACAACAGCAGCAUCAGCAAAGUGCUCAGCAACAACCAGGCGUGCCACCGCCCCCACUACCGGGCCAUGGACCGCCGCCACCACAACACCAACAAUACGGAGCGCAACAGGGCGGGUGGGCACCACCCCCAAGACCUUACAGUCCACAGUUGGGCCCAUCGCAGCAGUAUAGGACACCUCCACCGACAAAUACUUCCCGAGGUCAAUCACCAUAUCCGCCAGCUCACAGUCAAAACUCAGGUUCCUAUCCAAGUUCGCCACAGCAGCAGCAGCAGGCCCAACAACAGCAACAACAAGCUACACAACAGCCUGGUGGUGUUGGCGCUCCCGGAGCGCCGGCGCCACCAUCCGGUCCCUCACAGCAACAGCAGCAGCAGAAUACACCGCCCACUUCUCAAUAUUCGCCGUACCCUCAAAGGUAUCCAACACCACCAGGCUUACCGACGACUGGGCCCAACCAUCGAACUGCCUACACAACGCACCAGUAUCCGGAACCAAAUCGACCGUGGCCGGGUGGUUCAUCGCCUAGUCCUGGUCCCGGUCAUCCAUUGCCGCCUGCCUCACCGCACCAUGCCCCACUGCAACAACCGCCAACGCCACAUAGCGCCGGUGGUGGCCCGCCACCUAGUAGUAGUCCUGGCCAUGCUCCCAGUCCAUCGCCGCAGCCCUCGCAAGCAUCACCAUCGCCCCACCAGGAGCUGAUCGGGCAAAAUAGUAAUGAUAGUUCAAGUGGUGGAGCACAUAGUGGUAUGGGCUCUGGUCCGCCCGGCACACCUAACCCGCAACAAGUCAUGAGGCCAACACCUUCGCCUACAGGCUCGUCGGGCUCAAGAUCUAUGUCUCCUGCAGUGGCGCAAAAUCAUCCAAUUUCGCGACCGGCGAGUAAUCAGUCAAGUAGUGGUGGUCCAAUGCAGCAACCUACAGUGGUUGCCGGCCCACCCCCAAUGCCACCACAUGGUUUACCAGGUGGGCCACCAUCUCAGCAACAAUCUCAGCAGCAACAGGCUUCAAAUUCAGCAUCAUCAGCGAGUAAUUCGCCGCAGCAGACGCCACCGCCUGCACCGGCGCCAAACCAAAAUGUUAACAAUAUGGCUACACCACCACCACCGCCGCAAGGAACUACCGGUGGCUAUCCGCUCCCGCAACAUAUUCAUGGCGGUUACAAAAUGAGCUUACCAGGUCAAAGCCCCGGUUCUCAAGGAUAUCCUCCACAGCAAUAUCCUCAAGGUAACUACCCGCCACGUCCCCAGUAUCCGUCAGGAGCCUAUGGAACUGGGCCACAGCCGCCACCAACUAGCCAGUCCGCUGGAGGUGCUAACAGUAUGCCAGCUGGUGCACAAGCUGGUUACCCUCGCUCUAUGCCAAACCACGGUAGUGGUAGCCCCCAUCAGCAGUAUCCUCCGUAUCAAUGGGUACCGCCGUCACCACAACAGUCUGGACCUGGCAGUGGAUCAGUACAAAUUUCCACUGGUAUGGGCAAUCACGUGCAGGGCAAGGGCACCCCACCACCAGUUGGACCACCACCGCCACAGGGCAGCGGUUCUCCGCGCCCUCUUAACUAUCUUAAGCAGCAUUUACAACACAAAGGUGGAUAUGGUGGUAGUCCAGCUGGUCCACAGCCGCAGGGUUAUGGGAAUGGACCAACUGGAAUGCAUCCCUCGAUGCCCAUGGGUCCUCCACACCAUAUGGGUCCGCCACAAAGCAUGGGGCCACCUACCAGUACACCGCCGCAAUCUAUGAUGGGCGCACAGAGUGGCAGUGACGCCGAACAUAUAUCCCAAGACAAUGGCAUUAGUUCAUCAGCGUCGUCGCCAGCUGCAAGUUUGCAUCCAGUUACUGCAGUAGUUACAACUGGACCAGAUGGUACACCAAUGGAUGAAGUCAGCCAACAGAGUACGCUCUCAAAUGCGUCGGCUGCAUCAGGUGAAGAUCCCCAAUGUACUACGCCAAAGUCGCGCAAACAUGAUCCAUAUAGCCAAAGCCAUUUAGCUCCACCCAGCCCUUCGCCACAUCCAGUUGUAAUGCAUGGAGGUGGGGGACCAACAGGCGAAGAGUACGAAAUGAAUUCACCUCCGAACUGGCCCCGUCCCGCCGCUAGUUCACAGGUUUUCAACAGUCAUGUUCCUGUUCAACAAGAACCAUUUCGUAGCACUAUAACGACUACUAAAAAAUCCGAUUCACUUUGCAAGUUGUAUGAAAUGGAUGACAAUCCGGAUAGACGAGGUUGGCUAGACAAAUUACGUGCUUUUAUGGAGGAUCGCCGUACACCAAUAACGGCGUGCCCAACCAUCUCAAAACAGCCACUUGAUUUAUAUAGGUUAUAUAUUUAUGUAAAAGAACGUGGCGGAUUCGUCGAGGUAUGCAAGGUAACUAAGAGCAAGACCUGGAAGGAUAUUGCCGGUCUGCUCGGAAUUGGCGCCAGCAGUAGCGCUGCAUAUACACUUCGAAAACACUAUACAAAGAAUCUUUUGGCUUUUGAGUGUCACUUUGAUCGUGGCGACAUUGAUCCAAUACCCAUUAUUCAGCAAGUGGAGGCUGGUAGUAAGAAAAAGACAACAAAGGCAGCUUCGGUACCAUCACCAGGUGGUGGUCAUUUGGACGCUGGAACAACAAAUUCCACAGGGUCAUCGAACUCACAGGAUUCCUUCCCUGCACCACCUGGCGGCGCACCAAACGCAGCAUUAGAUGGCUAUACGGGGUACUCCGGUGCUGGUGCAUAUCCACCAUCUGCCGGUCCGCAACCAGACUACGCAGCAGCGGGUCAGAUGCCAAGACCGCCAUCGCAAAACAAUCCACAGGCACCUCACCCUGGCACUCAAAAUCAAUCAGCUGCCACUGUUGCCGGUGAUAACAUAAAUGUGAGCAAUCCUUUUGAAGAUCCAAUUGCUGGCGGUGUGGCCGCUGGUGGUGUUGCUGUUGCUGCAGUUGGUGGUGCGUCACAUGGUGCUCCUCCACCACCCCCACAUUCACCGCACACAGCGCCACAAUCGGGCAACCAACACCACCAACAAGGCAUUCCAACACAGUUGCCAUCGCCGUCGCAGCAACCACCGGCGCCACCACCACAGCAACAUGGGCCGCCGUCGACGCAGCAUGCGCGCCCUGGAACUGGAGUACCUUAUCCACAGGGUAGCUCUGGGUAUCCAACGCCUGUGUCUAGAACGCCAGGUUCGCCGUAUACAACACCACCUGGUGCUUAUGGGCAAUAUGGCUCGAGCGAUCAGUACAGUUCCGCUGGCCCGCCAGGUCAACCUUUCGGACCAAACCAGGGCCAAUAUCCGCCUCAGAGUCGCAAUAUGUACCCUCCCUAUGGACCCGAAGGGGAAGCUCCUCCAGCUGGUGCUAAUCAGUACGGGCCCUAUGGAAAUCGUCCCUACAGUCAAGCACCACCCGGUGGACCACAACCACCAGCACAAGCGGUUACGGGUGGACCACCAGCUAGCGGAGCACCAGUAGCCCCACCAAACAGUGGCUACGUACCGAGCACUCCUAAUCAACAGGAUUACUAUAGGCCGCCAGAUCAAAGUCCUCAACCACGACGACAUCCGGACUUUAUUAAAGACUCUCAGCCUUACCCUGGCUAUGCUACGCGGCCUCAAAUUUAUGGUGGUUGGCAAGGCAACAAUCCGCAGUAUCGUCCUCAAUAUCCCACAUCGACUGCACCACAGUCGUGGGGAAAUGCACCACCUCGGGGUGCUGCGCCUCCUGGAGGUCCACACGGUCCCCAUGGACAGCAACAAACAGGGGUAGCUCAGUGGGAACAACAUCGUUAUCCACCGCAACAACCUCCACCUCCACCGCAACAACAGCCGCCUUACCAGCAAAGUACGCCGCCUGGACAGCAACAACAAGCUGCACCACAGUGGGCGCAAAUAAAUGCGGUUCAAGCGCCACCACAGACAAGUAUUUCACAACCGUCGUUGCGUCCACCAUCUGGAGUUGGGCAGCAACAACGUAUGCCUAGUGGAGUGCCUGUAAUGCCACCACAGCAGCAGCAGGGACAAGCAGUACCUCAAUCAUCACAUGGUGGGGUACCAACAUCAAAUAUGCCGCCUGUACCCGGCAUGGUGAAGCCGCCUUAUGCUAUGCCACCACCCUCACAAUCUGGUGGUGGAUCACCAGGUGUGCCAAUGGUUGGAAGUGCACCAGUUACAAUGAUCGCGCAAAAGCCGUCGCCCAUAGUUGGACAAGGAAUGCAGCCCACGCAGCAGCAGCCACCCCAUCAGCUACCCAAUCAGCAGACUGUCUAUGCCCCACAAGUAACAGGCCCAGGCGCACAGAUGGUUAAAAAAGAACUAAUCUUUCCACAUGAUAGUGUAGAGUCAACUACACCGGUACUGUACCGUCGAAAACGUCUGACCAAGCUUGACGUGUGUCCUGUCGAUCCAUGGCGAAUUUUUAUGGCCAUGCGUUCAGGUUUACUUACCGAGUGUACAUGGGCGUUAGAUGUGCUUAACGUUCUAUUGUUUGACGAUUCUACAGUACAAUUCUUUGGCAUAUCAAAUUUGCCCGGUCUGCUAACCCUGUUGUUGGAACACUUCCAAAAAAAUCUAGCCGAAAUGUUCGAUGAGCGUUGUGACGAAGCAGCGGAUGAAGCAGAUGAUGACGCCGAUAGCGGCACUGUUAUAUCAGUGAAAGUUGAAGACAAGCUGCAACGAAAACAAACUCGUUCUGUGCAUAACAUUUCCAGCUAUAAUCGUAGAAGGCACUAUGAAAAUAUGGAUAUAAAGCGUGUUGCCCACAGUGAAGACUCUGAUGAUGCUGAUGAAGGUAUUGACUUGGGUCAGGUACGUGUGCAGCCUAAUCCUGAAGAGCGAUCCCUUCUCCUUUCGUUUACACCUAAUUACACCCUGGUAACACGAAAAGGUGUACCAGUUCGCAUUCAAACGGCUGAUCAUGAUAUUUUUGUCGACGAGCGUCAAAAAGCUUGGGAUAUUGACACAAAUAGGUUGUAUGAGCAGUUAGAGCCAGUAGGCAGUAAUGCUUGGACCUAUGGCUUCACGGAACCGGACCCACUUGAUGGCAUCAUUGAUGUAUUUAAGUCAGAGAUUGUUAACAUUCCAUUUGCGCGAUUCGUACGCUCUAAACACAAGAGCAAACAGGAAGCCACACAGAAAAGCAAUAAUACCCCACGACAUGACGAUAUUUCCCCUGUGCUGAAGCAAGAGGAUACCACAAGCAGUACUGAAGAUGGUAGUUUACUCCAACAGACUUAUAAUAAAAAAAGGCGACUUGUGGGUAAUAUUGGCACAGCAAGUAGCGACAACAAGAAGUCCAAAAUGGGGGAAGAGUUUGCACAGCCAGCCGUGGACGCGAAAAAAGAGAUAGACAACGAUAACGCCGGAGCCAAUACAACCGACAGUGAUUGCCGCACCAUUGAUAUGGAAAUCGAAUCUCCGCAACAACUGCGUCUUACAAAUGGAGUGGCGUCAAUACCCAAGAGAUUUGAUCCCAAGUCAACAGUACGCGAUGAUGCGCAUGUUCUACAGCGACGCCGCGACUCUAGCUACGAAGACGAAUGCUACACGCGGGACGAAGCCUCUUUGUACUUAGUAAACGACAGUCAGGACUCAUUAGCACGUCGUUGCAUUGCGCUUUCGAAUAUCUUUCGAAAUUUGACUUUUGUGCCUGGGAACGAAACGGUGUUGGCUAAGUCAUCGCGAUUUUUAGCAGUGCUCGGUCGAUUGCUUCUAUUAAACCACGACCACUUGCGACGAACUCCAAAGACGCGCAACUACGACAGAGAAGAGGAUACAGACUUUACCGAUUCCUGCAGCUCGCUGCAGGGAGAACGCGAAUGGUGGUGGGAAUAUUUGAUUACCAUCCGAGAAAAUAUGCUAGUGGCAAUGGCCAAUAUAGCUGGGCAUCUAGAGCUGUCCCGCUAUGAUGAAUUAAUCGCACGACCGCUUAUAGAUGGAUUACUACAUUGGGCUGUAUGUCCCAGUGCGCAUGGUCAAGACCCUUUUCCGUCAUGUGGUCCGAACUCUGCUUUAUCCCCACAACGUCUAGCCCUUGAAGCGCUGUGUAAACUAUGCGUCACGGAUGCAAAUGUUGAUUUGGUUAUUGCAACACCACCGUUUUCACGGUUAGAGAAACUGUGUGCAGUACUUACGCGUCAUUUGUGUCGGAACGAGGAUCAAGUAUUGCGUGAAUUUUCAGUCAACUUGCUACAUUACCUGGCUGCAGCAGACAGUGCUAUGGCGCGUACGGUAGCUCUGCAAUCGCCAUGCAUCUCGUAUCUCGUUGCAUUUAUUGAGCAGGCUGAACAAACUGCAUUGGGUGUAGCCAACCAGCAUGGAAUUAACUACCUUCGGGAAAAUCCCGAUUCAAUGGGAACCAGUUUAGAUAUGUUGCGAAGAGCCGCGGGAACGUUGCUUCAUUUAGCCAAGCAUCCCGAUAAUCGAUCGCUCUUCAUGCAGCAGGAACAAAGACUGCUUGGAUUGGUUAUGUCGCAUAUAUUGGAUCAGCAAGUAGCAUUGAUCAUAUCUCGAGUGCUAUACCAGGUAUCGCGCGGAACCGGACCACUGCAUUCAGUUGAGUACAGACUGUUGCAGCAACGACAGCAACAACAACAGCAGCAGCAACGGCUGAACCAGACGCCAUCUGAAAAGCAAAAUGCUCCAACGACAACUAUAAGUGUGAAGCCUGAGCCCUGCAUCCAGCCAGAGCUGUCUGCUGAUGUUAAGCCUGCAGCAGCUGCUGCAACGACAGCUGUAAUCAACGAUGAUAACAGCAAUAGCAGUCAACAAUUGCCGCCAGCAGCAACAUUCAACGAUGUUAGCAACAGUAGCACCAACAGCAAUAGCUGUGGAACCGUCAGCAGUAAUCAGACCAAUAGCAGCAGCUUGGGUAGCAGUAGUCAACCUACUCUUAACAACUUGGUAACACCUAGCGAACAACAAGUCGGUAAAUCGCCAUCAGCUGCGUCUUCCACUGUGUCAUCCAACAAUUUAGGUCACAUCAACGACGCUGCCGCAACAUCGUCGAAUUCUACACCUCCACCAACAGUGGCGCAACCGGCCGCACCGCCGCCAGCAAAUACAAAUACAACAGCUGCCGUUGCGUAGUAUACAACAAUGAUGCCGGCAACAACUUACUCUUGGCAACGUGGUGGUGGUGGUGCACUCGAAGAAAUUUGCAAAAGAAAAGAUUGAACAUACACACGAUAUACAUACGCGUAUAUAUAUAUAUAUGGAUAUAACUUGAAAAUACGAUUUGUAUUGCUUACAAAAUGUUUAAUCAAAUAAUGUAAAUGUACUAAAUGGGAUAGAACAUGAUUUGCGACCUUUGAAGCAAAUGACCUUUAAAGCAUAGCCACAGAUUGUAUAUGCUUAAAAUAAAACCCUGAAAAUGUAGAACAGCUUCAAUAACACCAUGGCCACUCAAUUACAAUGGUCACACAAUAACUGUAUAUUUUUUCACUAAAAUCUAUAGUUAAUAUAAUAUAUUAAUGCUGAAAAUGGUCUGGCAUUCUUAUAGACCCUUUCAAAUUUUAGCAAUGAAUUUUCAACGUCAAACUUAAGGCAGAAGGUUUAAUUGCAUAUAGAUGCAUGCGUAAAAAUUAAGCACACAACAUACUUAUGUAUUAAAUUUAAUAAAAAAUUAAUUAAAACAUAAU